AUGUUAUACUAUAAAGAUAAGAAGGAGCUGAUUAAUUGUGAAGUAUGUGGGUUAUCUCGUUACAAGAGUAAUGGGCGUAGUAAAAUUCCAAAUUUGGUAUUGCGGUACUUCCCGAUUACUCCUAGACUUCAAAGAAUGUAUAUGUCAAAGAAGACGGCAAAAGACAUGACUUGGCACCAUGAUCAUCCCAAAGAAGACGGUAAAAUGGUACAUCCAAGUGAUGGUGAAGCUUGGAAGCAUUUUGAUUCGACUCAUCCUUCAUUUUCGAGUGAGAUCCGGAAUGUUCGCCCUGGGUUAUGUACGGAUGGUUUUACUCCAAAUAACCAAUCAUCAAAUCCUUAUUCAUUAUGGCCCGUGUUUCUUACAAUCUAUAAUCUGCCUUCAUGGAUGUGCUUGAAAGAUGAUUAUGUUAACCUAAGCUUGGUUAUUCCAGGAAGAAAAAGCCCGGGUCAAAACUUAGAUGUGUUUCUACAACCAUUAAUUGAUGAACUGAAAAUGUUGUAUGAAGAUGGUGUUGAAACAUAUGACAAGUAUCGCAAAAAUAAUUUUAUAUUGAGAGCUAUCCUUUUGUGGACAGUUAGCGACUUCCCUGCAUAUGCAAUGUUGUCGGGUUGGAGCACGCACGGAAGGUUAGCUUGUCCACAUUGCAUGGGGGAUAGUAGCUCAUUUCAGUUACAUAAUGGAGGUAAACCAAGUUGGUUUGAUUGCCAUCGAAGAUCUUUGCCUCAAAAUCACCCAUUCCGUUGUGAUGUGAAUAGAUUUUUGGCUGGAACAACAAUCUCAUAUGGCCCUCCAUUACAGUUGACUGGUGAUCAGAUUUGGGAGCAAGUAAGUCAAAUUCCAACUGUUUAUGAAGGUGUUCCUUACAAUCCAAAGAACAAAAAACUCAAUGGUUUCGGGCAAACUCAUAAUUGGGUGAAAAGAAGCAUCUUUUGGGAGCUGCCAUAUUGGCGAACUUUGUUAAUCCGUCACAACCUUGAUGUCAUGCAUAUAGAAAAGAACGUCUUUGAGAAUCUGUUUCACAUUGUCAUGGAUACUUCAAAAUCCAAAGACAAUGUGAAGUCGAGGAAGGAUGUUGAAUUAUAUUGUGAUAGAGCGGUGUUGCAUCUUUUUAAUGUCAACAAUAAACUUACGAAACCAAAAGCAGCUUACUCUUUAACCAAACCACAAGUAAAAAAGGUAUGUGAAUGGUUGAAGAAUGUUAAGUUCCCCGAUGGGUAUGCUUCAAAUAUAGGAGGAUGUGUAAACAUUACAGAUUCUACCUUCUAUAGUUUUAAAAGUCAUGACUGUCAUGUAUUUAUGCAACGCUUGCUUCCGAUUGCAUGA